AUGCUAGACAGAUUGCUACAAUCAUUACACCAAGAACUCCUAACAAUAAUUCAGGAUAUUAGAAAAUUACAAUUGGAAAAUAUCAAGAUGCUUCCUCACUUAUUACCUGAAACUGCUAUAUUAAAUAUACUAGAAAAUCAGUAUUAUGUUUUAUCAACAAUCUCUUCAUAUCAUAGCCCAAAUGAUG